GAUAAGGUUAGGUUAGUAAUUUCCACUGUCCAUGGUAAUUUCUGGCGACUUGACAGGGACUGGUCACUGUUUACAGGAGUUAUCUUUAGUCUUGUAUGUUUUGGGUAUGUCUGGACGUUGGAAAUGUUUUUUAGAAGCGAUGGGCCUAUAAUACUUGUCCACCAAAGAAAGAUUUUUAAUGCUUUGACCUGGACGGUCACUGUUCCCCAGAAAAGUGCGCUUUCGUCUGACGCAUUUUGAUGGGCCAUCUAUUCUUGGCUGUAGCCUAAUCGCGACUGCAUUGUACCCUUAUUUCGUUUUCAUUUAAUAACCGUAUGUGGAAACAACGUCAUUCUUUCAGAGCACAAAAAUGUCAAGUCCUGCUCGACUUUACCGUAAACUUGAAGGGUUGUUUUCCGUAUUUAAGCCCUCCGGAAUUCAUUGGAAACUCGUCCGUGAUACCAUAGAAGCAAAUCUCCUUAAAGAAAUCAAUGCUGCUCCUUCUCCUGCCCCGAAACUUGAGGUUAAUUUCCAGGCUUUACCCAGUGGAGAGUCAGGAACAACCAAGGAACUCAUUAUGGCUGCCACUCAGCUCCCAGUUCUUUCUGCCAGCCCUCAAGUGAGAGGGCCGCGGUAUAGGACUCUGAAGGUAGGAGUGGGCCAUCGUCUGGAUGCAUUCUCAUCUGGAGUGCUUGUUCUAGGUGUUGGACAAGCAAACAGGGCCCUAGCAGAGUUCUACAGCUCGCCGGUUACAAGGGACUACACAUUAGAAGGGGAGUUUGGGAUGGCCACAGAUGACUUUUCUUACACCGGGCGCAUCAUAGAAAGGACUACAUUUGAUCACAUCACUCUGGAAAAGCUGGAGAAGAUCCUGGCUAUGAUUCAGGGAGGCCAUCAGAAAGCUCUGAUUACAUACUCAGGUGUGGACCUUCAGUCUCAAGAGGCGUAUGAGCUGGCGGUGCACGGGAUGCUGCAGCCACACAGCAAGUCUCCCCCCAUCCUCACGGGUCUGCGCUGCAUCCAUUUCCAGCCCCCCCACUUCACCCUCGAGGCUCAAUGCGUGAAUGAGACACAGCGUUACUUGCGCAAGCUUAUACAUGAGGUAGGUCUGGAGCUACGAAGUUCGGCAGUCUGCAGAGGCGUACGGCGCAUACGCGAUGGGCCCUUUGGCCUGCAGGAGGCGCUCACUCGACAGCACUGGACUGCCUCAGACAUUCGGCGGGGCAUCAAGGUGCACCGUUCUAUGCUGAAGGCCUUCAGCAAGGUCAGCGAUUCCACACGUGCAGAGAAAGCUCAGUCAAAACAGCGCUACCAGAAGACAGGGACAGCAGAUGACUCCACAGCCAAUAUUACUGCCACUACCCCAAAGCAUCUGCAUUCUGCUACAGAGGAAGCAGCAGAAAAUGUUUCACCCUAAUAGGGUGCAGCUGUUAUUUAUACUGGGGAUACUACAGUUAAAAAAAACUGGAUCUUUCUGAUGUUUGGGUGUUGGUUAUUUCAUAUGCCAAUGUUUUUUGGACAGUAUCUGUCCCCUUACUGGUAUGUGUAUCCCAUAUUCCAAUAAAGUUUGUUCUAAAACAAA